UCCCUACCCCUUUGGCGGAUGACGCCAUCAGCGUGCGCCGUCCGGAGCGCUUCCCGCUCGGCGCGAAGGCGCGUCUAUUGAGCGCGACGCGGUCGGGGCUCGGGAGCGGUGGCAGUGGCGGGCGCCGAGGAUGCCGCUCUUUGGAGUUUAUUGCACUCGAUUAGGGAUCGUUUCUCAGAAUCAAGGAGUUAGAAGUGAGAUUUGAGAUAAGUGAGGCCCAUCCAGUGCUGCUUGGGACGCCUCAGAAGGGAAAAUGGAAUUUUCAGGAAUGAAAAAGAAGAGUUUGCUAGGAUUCAAAGAAAAUAAUAAAAAAUCCAGCACUAGGGCUCCCUCUCCAACCAAGCGCAAAGAUCGGACUGAAGACAAAUCCAAGGACAGAUCCAAGGACAAAGUGUCCACCAAGGAAUCAAGUGAAAAAGAUCGUGGUCGGGACAAAACGCGCAAAAGGCGCAGUGCUUCCAGUGGUAGCACCAGUACCAGGUCCCGCUCCAGCUCCACUUCCAGUUCAGGGUCCAGCUCCAGCACUGGUUCCAGCAGUGGGUCCAGUUCCUCCUCUGCAUCAAGCCGCUCUGGGAGCUCCAGCACAUCUCGUAGCUCCAGUUCCAGCAGUUCCUCUGGAUCCCCAAGCCCAUCUCGACGUAGACAUGACAACAGGAGACGUUCCCGCUCCAAGUCUAAGCCACCCAAGAGAGAUGAAAAGGAGCGGAAGAGACGGAGUCCAUCGCCCAGACCUACCAAAGUUCAUGUUGGGAGACUCACCAGAAAUGUGACCAAGGAUCACAUCAUGGAAAUAUUUUCCACUUAUGGGAAGAUUAAAAUGAUUGACAUGCCAGUUGACCGGUUAAAUCCACAUCUCUCCAAAGGUUAUGCUUAUGUGGAGUUUGAGAAUCCAGAUGAUGCCGAAAAGGCGCUGAAGCAUAUGGAUGGAGGACAGAUUGAUGGUCAGGAGAUCACUGCUACAGCUGUACUGGCACCUCGGCCUAGGCCACCUCCCAGGCGCUUUAGCCCACCAAGGAGGAUGCUGCCACCACCACCAAUGUGGCGUAGGUCGCCACCUCGCAUGAGGAGAAGGUCCAGAUCUCCAAGACGCAGGUCCCCUGUUCGCCGACGGUCAAGAUCCAGAUCUCCAGGCCGAAGACGUCAUCGCAGCCGCUCCAGCUCAAACUCUUCACGAUAAAGCGAAAAAGACUGGACAGCUUUUUAUUUUUUAACUUAAAUCCCACCAGACUAAAUAUUGUACCUUUUUUAUAAUGGGCCUGGGUAAGGGGAAGUGAGAAAAUUGAAACCUGGCAGUGAAGGCAAACUAAGAGGAGGGGGUUUCCUGGCCAGUAGACAAUCUGUGUCUUGCAGCUUCUAGAUUCCAGGCAUUGAACCUAAAUGCUUUAAAUAUGGUUUUGGGUUGAAGGCUGCAAAUGUGGUAUAUUGUUUUCCACACAAGCUACCAGUAGGAAAGAUGAUGUAGCCUCUGCUCCUCUGAUCAGCAGGCUCCUGCUUCAUGAUUUCCGAAGGCUUAGCAUGCCAUGCAGAAAAAACUAAGUACUGGCCUAUUUUGGGAAUCCUAAAGCUGGCUACUACUAAGAGAAGGGCGGGGGUGGCGGCGGCUAUAUCCAUCUCAAGGCACCAGUGCAGACCUACAGAAGGGGUGGUACCCAAACACAGAAAUCUGCCUCAAACUUAAAUAUUCAGUUGUCAUUCUGCUCCUAUGCCCUGAAUAGUGAGCAUAAAUUUUUGUUUGCACAAAGAGGCAGGGUGCUGCAGACUUGCAUAACAUUAAAGAUGAUGUUUUUUGGCCAGUCCCACUGUAUGUCAUCUACUGCAUGUUAGAGAUAGGCCAGGAAUUGAAGGACUGUUUUGUAACUGCCCUCUUUAGAGAUCCCCUUGCACUUCCUGAAGGGUUUUGGUAUAGAUUUCACACACAAUCCUCUACCAAUUGGUGUAAAUGUUUCCACCUUUAGAAAACGCAAUACAAACUGGCAACAACAUAUCAAAACCCCACUUUACUGUAAUGAAAAGGGUGAGGUUUGAGACUAAUGCUGUUUGGAUUAAUUUGGGUAAUCUUGCAAAAGGCAAGUAAUUUACCAUCUAUUGUACAGUCAAUCUGCAACAUUUGAUUUUUUUAACUUUGUAGCAUCUUAGGUCAGGUUGUGUUUGUGUAGAAUGACCAUAUUGAAUAAACCCAUAGGGUUAAGAUUAAAGAAUAUUAAUUAGUUCA